UUGAUUCAUCCAUUUCGAAUGAUAUUUCAUUGAAUACAAACAAUGAUGAUAAUCGUCGAAUAUUGCAACGUUUAUUAGAUCUUUUGAAAGGAAAUCCAAAAAUGAAAAAAUAUUAUCUCAUUGCUGGAUUCAUGUUCAUUUUCGGUUUCCUCAUCAAUAUGGUCAUUUUUGAUCCUAUACUUGAUUACAUUCUUGAAUGGCAAUUUCAAUUGAAUCCUGGUAAUUUAUUCCUUUCAAUGGGAUGGCUGUCACCACCAAUAUCGUUAUAUGUUCAUAUUUAUCUAUUCGAUAUACGUAAUCCACAACAAUAUCUUGAUGGUGCACGACCAAAUAUCAAAGAAAUUGGACCAUUCAUAUUUCGUGUUGGACGUAAACGUAGAAUAAAUGAAUGGACUGAACAAACAGUUAUAUUUAAUGAAGAAUUUGAUGCUGAUUUGAUGAUUGAUGAAUCAUAUCCAGUUAAUAUAACAAUGAAUAUGAUUAAUGCACCAAUAUUGUGUACAGUGUCGUGGAUAUAUUAUUGGAUGAAAUAUUAUCGAAUACCUUUUAUUGAACCAAUCAUACAGAAUGUAGUGGCCAUUUCAUUACAGGUAUUUGGUGAACAUUUAGUUAGUGAAACAACACCAUGGGAAAUAUUAUUUGGUCGUCCAGUAAAUAUAUUACGUUUUCUUGAUAAAAUUCUUUCACCAAUAAAAUCAUUAAAUUUACCAUUACCGGAUUUCGGUCAAAUGCUUUCAACAUUUGGUAAUUAUAAACUUACAAAUCAUUCAUUCAGUAUUAUUGGAUUAUUGAUGAGCAAUGAAUUCGGUCCAUUGGAACAUUAUCGCCGUAAUUAUGGUCGAUUUAAAACAAAUGAAGUACGAAGUAUUCUUGGACAAACAGAAUAUGAAAAUUAUAAACGGCCAUGUAGUUUCAUACAUGGUUUAGAUCUUAUGUAUUUUGGUAUACAUGCAGCCGAUAGUGUUAAUGGUAGUCGUCUGGAUCUUUAUUUUCAACAUUUUUGCCGAAGUUUUCCAAUAAUACGUCAAGGCUUUUAUUGGACCCAUGGUAUACGUAUUGCACAUUAUGAAAUAUGGCAAAAAAUGUUUGAUAUGCGACAACGUGAAAAUCAUUGCUAUUGUUUUAAUGAUCGUACAUUAAAUGAAUGUGAUGGCCAUGUUGAUAUGUCUGGCUGUUUUAGUGGUUUACCCAUUGCAUUGAGUUUUCGCCAUUUUUAUGGAUCUCGAAUAUUGAAUCGUGAAACAUUAGGAUUUCAACCACGUUGGGAUGAACACGGUGGCCAUAUUGAUAUUGAACCUACAUUAGGUCUACCAUUAGAAAUUAAUCUACCAUUUCAAUAUAAUAUAAUGACAAAAAAUCUACCUAGAUUUGGUCAAUUAAGUAAUAUACAAUCAAGAUUGAUGCCAUUCUUUGCAUUUCAAGUGAAAGCAAAAUUAGAUGGCAUACUAUUCGUUGGCAUAUUAAUCAUGGCAUAUGUAGUCAAUUAUCUUAAAUAUCUAUUUGCUAUCGGUGCUUUAACAUUAUCGUUAUUUUGUUUUUUUCGUUUUUUUUAUUAAUUGAUUGAUGGAAAAAAAAAAAUUUGAAAAUUCUGAAAAAAAACAACCUGCAUGGAAACAAAACAAAAAAAAAUUCAAUUUAAAGAAUUUAAUUUAUUUUUUUUAUUGCAAAUCAAUAUUCCACAAGUUAUCAUGCCCCAUCAGACCAUCAGAAUAAAAAUCGAUUCAUGAGAGUGAA